UCCCACUCUCUCACUCACAUUUUCAUCUCUGCAAAUCCAAACCCAGCGCAACAUCUUCAGACUGAAAGGCAUGGUUUUCUUGAGCUGGGUUAGGCCAAGUCCUGAAGAACAAAAGGCUUGCAUUGGCAGGUCAGGUAGCUUUAACUAUGAGGCUAAAUUCAGGGGAGCUACUGCUAAGUCCCUGUCUUCCCUCCAAGAAGACAAGGGGCUCUCAAACAAUGGUUUCUUGUUCAACCAUGCGCGCGUUUUGGUUGGUUCUGGUGUUGACACUUAUGAAAAGGGCAAGAGAGCUCUUCAGGACUGGAGACAUUUUGGACUGAAUUGGGCAUUUGUUGAUCCAAAGACGCCGGUUCAAAAUGGAGUUAAGUUCUGUGUUUGCGUCAAGGAGUUUCUGCCAUGGGUCAUGAUGCCUCUUCAGGUUGUAUAUGUAAAUGAAAAUAGACCUAGUAAACAGUCCAUGGCCUCUUUUCGUUUCGGAGGUGGUACCCUUCAAGGCCACUUGCUGGCUGGGGAAGAACGAUUCUCAAUCGAACUGGAUGAGAACAACCAAGUGUGGUACGAAAUACUUUCCUUCUCAAAACCAGCUCACCCUUUGUCAUUUAUUGGAUACCCAUACGUAAUGCUUAGGCAAAAGUACUUUGCUCAUCAAUCUUCUAAUGCAAUUAUGAAACAUUUGAAUGCUUUGAAAUCCUAGUGCAUGUAUAUAUGCUAGUGGAAUUCUGCUUAUAUAAAAGCUUCAUUGCCCUUUCUUAUCUUCUU